CAGGGGCUCCGGGCGUGCGCCCGCCCCGUGCCCUCGGCCGCCUCUGUCUCCCGCAGGGUGGUCCCUUCCCCGCGGGUGACUCCUGGGCACUGACCGAGAGGGAUCGGGUGGCUGGCGACACCAGCAGGUCGGCCCAGCGCCUCUUGCGGGUCCCCCUGGGCUACCCACGACGCUCCCCGGACCCACUGCCCGCCAGAAAGUUUGCACCGGGAUGCUCCGGAGCUCUGGGAGCGCAGGUGCAGCCCGGGUUGGUUGGCAGCACAGCAUCUGGAGAAGGCUCCAUGCAUGUUGUUGAAAAGCCCAAAGGAGCCAGUAGAUGAGGUGCUGCAGAUCCCCCCGUCUCUGCUGACAUGUGGAGGCUGCCAGCAGAACAUCGGGGACCGCUACUUCCUGAAGGCCAUCGACCAGUACUGGCAUGAGGACUGCCUCAGCUGCGACCUCUGUGGAUGUCGCCUGGGCGAGGUGGGACGGCGCCUCUACUACAAACUGGGCCGAAAGCUGUGCCGCAGAGACUACCUCAGGCUGUUUGGCCAAGAUGGUCUCUGUGCUUCCUGUGACAAGCGGAUCCGUGCCUACGAGAUGACCAUGCGGGUGAAAGACAAAGUGUAUCACCUGGAGUGCUUCAAAUGUGCCGCCUGUCAGAAGCAUUUCUGCGUUGGUGACAGAUACCUUCUCAUCAACUCCGACAUCGUGUGUGAACAGGACAUCUACGAGUGGACUAAGAUCAAUGGGAUGAUCUAGGCCAGAGUCCCUAGGCAUCUUUGCAGGGAGUGUCCCCUGAAGGCACUGUCUCCAUGGGGUCUUCACGCUUAGGCACUUUUGGAGACUCAAGGGUGGGGUAUUUCUUAAGGGACAGUGGACCUGUAUUGGGCACUAAGACAUAGCAAUUGAGUGAUGCCUGUAAGGACCAUCACUCAUGCGUGGCAAAUGAACCAGCCCUUAGAGAAAUUGUGGCUACAGUCUAUUGGUAGGAACUGACAUGAUUAGUGGGAGAAAGGAAUAUUUGAGGGCCAGCUGGCACCAUGCCACCAUGAUGGAAUUUCCCAUCUACAUAUGGGAGCUCUUUGCAAAGACUUGAUAGUCAUUGAUGUGUACAAGCUAGAGAUGUACAAUUGAUUUCUUUUCUUCCCAGCAUCUGUAAACAGCCCUGUCCAAUCACUAUGCUCCACACAGGGAAGGAAGGGCAGGGGAGAAUGGCCAUCUUCCUGUCCCUGGUCACCUUCCCAAGGCCUUGCGCUUUGGAUCUAAUGGAAACUGCAUGGAGACCCAUUUCAGUUGGGAAUGGAAAGCACAUCUUUUAACCAAACAAAUGUUUAAAACAAGUCUGAUGAAUCACUGUUUUUAGACACCUUCAUUUUGAGGUGAGGCGUUCCACAGAUUGUUUCUAUACAGAUGUAAAUCUAAAAUAAAGACCCUCGAAAUUGUUCAACUAUUUUAUUAUCUUAGAAUUAUAUCAAAGUAUUUGUUGUGUGUAGUUAAAAAAAAAAAAAGACCGAAGACUUAAUAAAAAGGACUGACUGAAACGUG